AAGACCUUGGAGCGGGCUGGCAGCAUUCAGAAGGCCAACCCAAUGGUCGGACGUCUAUCUGAGGAUCGCCUUCCAGACGCGCGAAAGCUGGGUCACAACAGGUCAGGGGCGGAUGUACGAAACAGGCUUCCGCUGCGUACAAACUCAGCGGACCCCAAACUCAUGACCAAGCCGAUUGUGGUCAUAUCACUUUGUGCUCUCGAAAGCAGGCCGAAGAAACCAGCUGCGUCUCCGGACAGCAGUAUUUAUUCAACCACCACACGCCUCUCACCCACCAAAAGCAGUGAUGCCCUGGAGGAGGCAAACAUCACAUGCAAGCAGCGCCCAAACUACGUGGAGCUAUCAACGCUCAUCUCCGUAACAGCUGUAGCCAUGCACUCCUCCUCCUCGCCACAGUUUCUGAACUGUACUGACUCCACUCCGUCAAAAGCGGCCUUUCUGCUUGUGGACACAACCGUAGCCCGGGACACAGACAACCUAAGCUAUAAACAUAACUACAGCGAUCCGGAGAAUAAUGCGUACAUCCAGUUGGCCACGCUGAUCGCUGACGGAUCGGGUGUCCACACAAACACGAAACAAGUGCGACUGCAGCCAAAAAAGCCAUAUAAAACUCGCCACAUUAGAAAGCUGCUGGCUGGCUUCAAGGUGCAGUCCUACGCGGAAACGAGCCCCUUGGGAGCGCCGCCAAAAUCAUUAUUUCUUGGUGCCACCACCCAGCGCUCAGGGCCUCACAAAGGCACAUUUCCGGUCAAACCGCGCCAAAACGCCCAAGGAUCCAGAAAGGCGAAAGCUUGCAUCAAAAUUUUGAUCAACAGCAAAUCUGCUCGCCAAAAUGGGAGUGCUGAAAGAGCAUUACGUGGGGCAGCAGAUGAUAUAUUGAAGACUGACAGGAACUGGUUCUACAGAAAAACGGAUUAUCUUAUGUUCAUAAUGAGCGUCUUAAAAAAGGAUAAACGCGAUGAAGAAGACGGACACGGAGCCGUAUAUACAAACCCCGAUAAAACCAUGGUCCUUCAAGAGGUAAUCCGAUUAGUUUCUGACGUUCGCCUUCAGGCAAGGACUUUCAACGAGUCACCACUCAAUCCGAGGAAAUGUGUUCAAAUUCUCACGAAAAUUCUGGUCGUUAUAGGGAAGGGCGAAAAACUUGGAAAAACCGAGGCUACAGAGGCGUUUUUUGCCAUGACAAAGCUCUUCCAGUCCAACGAUCAAAACCUACGACGCAUGGUUUAUCUUGUCAUCAAAGAGCUAUCUACGGUUGCGGAUGACGUCAUUAUUGUCACAAGCAGUCUUACUAAGGACAUGACUGGGUCGGAGGCAGCUUUUAGAGGACCUGCGAUUAGGGCCUUAUGCACAAUCACCGACGCGAGUAUGGUCCAAAGCAUCGAACGUUAUUUGAAACAAGCUGUUGUUGAUAAGUCUCCGGCCAUCGCGUCAGCUGUGUUGACAUCAGCAAUUAAAUUGAUGCGUGUCUGCCCUGAUAUUAUCCGGCGUUGGGUAAACGAGGUGCAGGAAGCUGCUAACAGCUCCAGGGUGAUGGUCCAGUACCAUGCCUUGGGAUUACUGUAUCUUAUAAGGAAAACCGAUCGAUUAGCAGUAACGAAAAUGAUUCAAAAGUUUACGCGUUCUACUUUGAGGUCGCCUUACGCCUACUGUGUCAUGUUAAGGAUUGUUUCAAAACAGUUGGACGAAGAAGGCAUUGAGUCUUACUAUUUCCGAUUGUUUUUAUGCGACAGAAAUAAUGCGGGGUUGUUCGAAUUCCUCGAAUCAUCGCUUCGCCAUAAGUCCGAGAUGGUGAUUUAUGAGGCCGCUCGUGCGAUUAUUAACCUUCGCGGCGCAACAGCACGAGAAUUGGCACCAGCUGUGAGCGUGCUACAACUUCUUUGCUCUUCACCCAAACCAGCUCUUCGCUACGCUGCUGUCCGCACGCUAAAUACGGUUGCUACAAAUCAUCCGUCUGCUGUGACCGCUUGUAACCUGGAUUUGGAACAGCUGAUUGGCGAUUCAAAUCGAAGUAUAGCUACUCUAGCAAUUACAACUCUUCUAAAGACCGGGAAUGAGAAUAACGUCGAGCGGUUGUUGAAACAUGUGUGCCCUUUCAUGUCGGAAAUAACUGAUGAAUUCAAGAUUGUUGUUUUGGAGUCUAUCCGGGCACUGGCCGCCAAAUAUCCGAAAAAGUUCAGUGUACUACUCAAUUUCUUGUCUGGUCUUCUCCGGGAUUCCGCCGGAUAUGUUUUCAAAAAGGCUGUGGUUUCCGUCAUUGAGUCUAUCAUCAAAGACAUCCCGGAGGCUAAGAAUCUCGGUUUGUUGCAGCUCUGCGAGUUUAUCGAGGACUGUGAACACGUGAAGCUAACUCAGCGCAUCCUUCACCUUCUUGGACGUGAGGGUCCUUUUCUGAAACGACCACGCCAGUUUAUUCGUUUCAUAUAUAACAGGGUCAUCCUGGAAUCGGCCCCAGUCAAGUGCACUGCUACUACUGCGCUAGCUCGCUUCGGAGCGCAAAACGCUGAAUUAUUGCCAAGCAUACUAGUGUUACUUCAGCGGAUCAUGCUCGAUGAAGAUGAUGAAGUUCGCGAUAGGGCGGCCUUCUACUAUCAUCUAUUGUCGUCAAAGGACCCAAGCUUGAAAUCUGCUUAUUUGUUGGCGGAUGAAAUGCACCUCAGCCCCUCCGGCCUCGAGCGCGCUCUGCUGGAUUAUACGCACGAUUCGCACGCUGCAGCAAAUGGACCAUUCUCUCUUGCAACUGUACCAAUAGCUUCUCCUGUCCAGCCGUCUACCGUACCUCUGGCUGAUGGCACUCGACCAGAAAGAACGCACGGAAAAGCUCUCAAAGGGACUGGGGAUUACAGCGUUGGUGAUACAAGGGCAACGGCUAGCAGCACCGCACGCCUACCAGAAAUCUAUGCUGAGCAGCUGGCAGCAGUCCCUCAACUGGCUGGUCUGGGUCCGAUAUUCAAGUCGUCCAAGCCUGUCGAACUGAGUGAAGAAGAUACAGAAUACGCGGUUCGGUGUGUAAAACAUAUCUUUGCAAAACAUCUCGUGCUUCAGUACGAGUGUACCAACACCAUGCAAGAUCAACUGUUGGAAGACGUCAGGGUCGAGGUAGAGCCCGAGGACAGUGGUUUCAUUGUGCUCAGAACGGUUCCUUGCCCCACGCUAAGUUUCAACAUUCCUGGCAAUACGUAUGUCCUGGUGCAACUGCCCGACAGCCCAGAGGUCCAUUCGACCACUUUCACAAACACUAUGAAGUUCACAGUGAGGGAUCCUGACACCGAUGGGGGAGAGGUUGGAUUACCAGAUGAGUACCAGCUUGAAGACCUCAGCAUCGAGAUAUCCGAUCACAUUCAAAAGGUACUGAAGGGUAACUUUUCCUUGGUAUGGCAAGAACUGAAACCGGAAUCGGAGGUAGAGGAGACAUACAUGCUCGCCAGACACAAAACAAUAAAAGACGCAAUGCUCCAGGUGAUUGAUCAUCUCGGACUGCAGCCUUGUGACCGCACCGAUCAAAUGACGCAGGAGCAAAAGUCCUCUCACCAAUUGUUGCUCUCGGGUGUUUUCCGCGGUGGAAUCGAAGUGCUCGCAAUAUGUAAAUUUGCCCGUGUAGUUCCUGAUGCAGGCACACAUCCCAUCAGUGGACAGGGUAUCAGCCUGUUGAUUACUGUUCGAUCGUCCAAUCAGGAGAUCAGCCAGGUGAUUGCAGACUGCAUUGGAUAGAUCGGAGACUUCAAGCUUUUCCUGGUUUCUCACCACUCCCCUACAGGCACAGCAUGCCGAUGGUUCUCUUGGUUUUUUUCUUUCAAUUGUGAUACAGUCUCGCAGACAAAGACAUUUUUCAGCUUCAUCUUAUGCUUUUCGUCCAACUAACUGUUCCGCUGUAGUCUGGAAAAAACAUUGUGUGAGGCGAAGCAGUGUAUUUUCGGAUAAACUAACAGGUUUCUGGUUAUUUCCGGGUAGAGGUCUGCUUAUACUGACCUUGUUUGAUCGUGUGAAUAGACAUCGCCAAGGCUAUUGGAUUGACACCUGACUCUAUCAGUUUGGUACACAUCAACAGUUCUUCAUUAUCCAAACCUACAAAGAAACACAAGUAUGUGAUGGUUUCCAACAUUUAAACCAAUCUUGAAAGCGCGUCUCGCACAAGCGUUGGAAACAAA